CUACAGCACUACCUACAGUAGCGCUACACCCUUCAGUAUCAGGCAUCACGUGCGGUGCUGUUUUACUGAUGCGUGCAUCGACAAAGAAGCGUCACACCUCCCGCAAGACAGCAACAGCAUCCCAACGCCUGCUUCAAAUUGAAAAUAUAUACCGGAGACACAGAGAUAUAAAUCCUAAAUCUUUGUGUCCCGAACCCCUAUUCCUAAUAAAGCCUACAACGCGCCUGCACCCUCCAGCUGCUCAACCAAUUCAGCCAUCGCUUUUAACAAUCUGUUCGUACCGUGAGCUAGCAAUAUCAGAGACGACUCUACUGCCCAUCGACUAUAUAGCUCGUGCCUCCUGGCAUCAUAGCUGCUCACAAUGGAUGCGGUCGACCAAUCCGAGCACUAUGAGGUCAGGACUGCCGAGGAAGCACCCUCGCUGCUCUCCGUCAUCAUCGACACAAACCCUCGUGCCUGGGCUGCCCUGGAGAACGACCUGCCGCUUUUCAAAGCAAUAUCUAGCAUAUUGGUCUUUAUCAAUGCACAUUUGGCUUUCAAUGGCGCCAAUCAGGUGGCCGUCGUUGCGGCGCAUGUCAACAAGGCAGUCUGGCUCUAUCCGUCACUACCAACAUCAGCGCAAUCUGACGGUGGCGAUGUUGCCAUGCACGACGCACCAACGGAUGCUUCAAAGGCGGCAUCGGCAAAUAAAUUCCCCCAAUUCGCACAGAUCGAAUCCACAGUCGUAUCAUCAAUUCGAAAGCUCAUGAAAGAAACCACAUCGGCCGAGCUCGACACAACAACGACACAACUUUCCGGAGCUUUAACGCUGGCGCUCUGUCAUCUGAACAAAGCUGGCCAGGCAUUAAGUACAUCGAAUUCUACACUUGGAGAUGGACCAACUGCUGCAGGAAAUGCGCCACCGCCUAUGAAAGGCCGUAUUGUCGUCAUCUCCGUUUCCGAUUCGGAACCGUCUCAGUACAUCCCGACAAUGAAUGCCGUGUUUGCAGCCGCUCAUGCCCAGAUUGCUAUCGAUACUCUGGCACUUGCUGGAAACGCUACGUUUCUGCAACAAGCCUGCUUCAAUACCAAUGGAACAUUUCUUAAAGCCGCACACCCUAAAGGACUGCUGUCUUACCUGAUGUUUGGCCUCAUCUCUGAUACAGAGGCGCGCCAGGCGCUUAUCACACCGACCCAUGACACAGUGGAUUUUAGGGCAGCCUGUUUCUGCCAUGGAAAAGUGGUUGAUACUGGAUUUGUAUGCUCUAUUUGUCUGUCAAUCUUCUGUGAACUACCCGAAGAUUCGCAGUGUUUUACUUGUGGCAACAAACUGGCCCUGGGCAACUAUGGCGCCAAACCCGCUGUCAUACCAAAGAAAAAGAAAAAGAAGAAGAGAGUCAUAAACGGCUCUAGUCGGGAAGAAACCUCUAGCGCUACCGGUACCCCUCGGCCGUAGGGUCUCUUAAUUUCGGGCGACACGCAUGGAAUGGCGUUUUGCAAUCAUACCCAUGUAAUUUACAACGUUUCUGUUUAUGCACACACACGCCAUAGAGUAGCGACCAAUACACUUGUAUUAUUAGG